AUGCACAGCCACGCGAGCUUGGCGUCGAUGAGUUCAGAUCGGAAGCGCAGACUGGUUGAGAAUAUAUCGAAGACAUAUCCAUUGAACAAGUUCAGAAGCGAAAUAAAAGGGAAUUUGUUUAAGGCUGCAGCCACUCCAAACAUCGGGUCGACUCGUGAUCAGCUUCCAGGCGACUGGGGCAAUUCAUUGGGAGUGCUGGCAAACCUAUUCCAGCAUGAGGUCGCUUCGGACUCGAACACACAAAGCAAUGGCAUAGAUGUACAAAAUACGAUGAACUUAGGCGCCGAGGAACUCGAAUCUAUCGACGAGGUGAUGAAAAAUGCCCAAGAAUUGCGUAGGCUGGGCAGAAAAUAUUUGAUCAGAUGUAAGAAGCCAUGGGAGAUUAAGUCGGGCCUAUAUGAGCUUGGCUGCCAGGCGUGGCACGUGGGCACGGCAAUUCUGUUUUUGAACCAGGACCACAAGGCGCAUAUGCUGCUGUCCUAUUCAAUGAGGAGGUGGACAGAUCAGCUUCUAGCAUUACUUAAACGGAUGCACCCUGAGCUCCAGAUCGUGGAGCGCAGGGGCUCUAUCAAAGUAACGAGUCGUGAGCCGUAUUCCGACCAACCAAGUACUGUAAAAAAGAAUGAGAGACGUGCUGAGAAGUCUAAACACAACUGGGCAGUUGCAGAUCCACGCUUACCAGACUAUUGCUUAAAUAUGUUCAGAUUGGCAUGGCAGCAGCUGUUGCGGCGGGGCAACGGGUCGACCAAAUGUUGCUCGACUGCCAGCUGUGAGGUAAAGUGGACAGUGGAUGUUGACAAAUGUGCCAAAACGAGCUGUGCGCUGGUCAAUCAGGCGGCAGAGCUACUGAACGAGGCAAAUAAAGAGAUCCGCGUCUUUGAAACCAAAGCGAAUAAUCAGGAUCUGGUCACAGUCACAGACCGUCAGGUCGAGGAGUUGCUGGUGAGCGGCUUGAGGCGAGAGUUUCCCGAGCAUGUCUACAUUGGGGAGGAGGGCACCUCCGACCACGCCACGGGACGCCAGCUGACCAAUCAGCCCACCUGGAUCAUAGACCCCAUUGAUGGCACCGUCAACUUUGUGCAUGGCUGUCCCUACAACUGCAUCUCCGUGGCCCUCUGGCUGAACAGGCAGCCAGAGCUCGCGGUAUGCUAUUGCCCCACACUGCAGCUCAAGCUGACAGCUCGUCGGAAGUGCGGCUGCUACUUGAAUGGCCGCCAGGUACGCACAAGCGGGCAGAGGGAGCUGCGGCGCUCACUGGUUCUCCACGAGAUGCACGCCUCCAAUAUGGGAGCCCAGCACAAGGACACGCUCUGGGCCAUGAGUGUCAACCUUUUUUGCAAGGCACAAACCCUACGCAGCACGGGCUCUGCUGUUAUGGAUCUGUGCCUGGUGGCUAUGGGCGCGGCCGAUGCCUACGUCGAGUUCUUGCCACAUUGCUGGGAUGUGGCAGCAGGCGCUCUGCUCGUGCGCGAAGCAGGCGGCGCAGUCAUGGAUCCAGCGGGAGGCGAGCUCGAUAUCAUGUCCAGGCGUGUCCUGGCCACUGCAACGCCCGAGCUGGGCUGCCAAAUGGUCCAGCUGCUGGCCGACAGCCAGAUAUAUCACAAACGAGAUGAUGAGCCUUAG